AUAAAGACCGCGAUCCGCGACCGCGGGCUCCGCACUGCUGAGGAGCGGAGCCUCCGCCUGGGGGCCCCCAGUCCCUGGCUGUCCCCCAACUGCGCGUCCCCGCCCCACCCCCGCGGCCAAGCCGCCACUGGUGCAGUGGUCUCUGCUUGGCGGAGGGAGCCUUGAGCUUCCUUCCACAGCCUCUUUGCAUCUUGGAUUUCGGGGCGGCCCCCUCCCCCCCUUCUCCCUGCCUUUUUGUACCCCGCUUUUUUCUGCGUUUUGCUCGGCUUUUGUAGCCGUCUGUUUUUGCACCCCUUUUCGCUUUGCUUCUAGGCGGUUUGGGGGGGUGAAGCUGCAUUCAUACCCCUUCCUCUUGUUAUUCUCCCCUGCUCUGACAGCACCCCUUUUCAUCGCAGUUGGGGGGCCUAGGAUCGGUGCAUCUUCCGCCGCCCUGCCAGCACCCCGCAGCGCGUGGCCGUGCACCUCGGAAUUUGCAGCAGCUGCAUAUCUGAGGGGGGUCUCCUUUGCCCUCGCCUCCUUCCCUCCCCGCGCUUUUGGGUGUGUGGAGGGCUACAGCGCGCGGCGUCCCCGCUUCUCCGCAGCCCCCAGCCCCGGGCCGGGACUCGCCCCGCGCCGCCAAGAUGGUCAUCCAGAAAGAGAAGAAGAGCUGCGGGCAGGUGGUUGAGGAGUGGAAGGAGUUCGUGUGGAACCCGAGGACGCACCAGUUCAUGGGCCGCACCGGGACCAGCUGGGCCUUUAUCCUCCUCUUCUACCUCGUCUUUUAUGGCUUCCUCACCGCCAUGUUCUCUCUCACCAUGUGGGUGAUGCUACAGACUGUCUCCGACCAUACCCCCAAGUACCAGGACCGACUGGCCACACCAGGCUUGAUGAUUCGCCCCAAGACUGAGAACCUUGAUGUCAUUGUCAAUGUCAGUGACACUGAAAGCUGGGACCAGCAUGUUCAGAAGCUCAACAAGUUCUUGGAGCCUUACAACGACUCUAUCCAAGCCCAGAAGAAUGAUGUCUGCCGCCCUGGGCGCUAUUACGAACAGCCAGAUAAUGGAGUCCUCAACUACCCCAAACGUGCCUGCCAAUUCAACCGGACCCAGCUGGGCAUCUGCUCCGGCAUUGGGGACCCCACCCACUAUGGUUACAGCACUGGGCAGCCCUGUGUCUUCAUCAAGAUGAACCGGGUCAUCAACUUCUAUGCAGGAGCAAACCAGAGCAUGAAUGUUACCUGUGCUGGGAAGAAGCCCCAUCACCAUAGAAACAAGGGGAAAUUGAUUCCUGAGGAUGGGCGAGAUGAAGAUGCUGAGAAUCUCGGCCAUUUCGUCAUGUUCCCUUCCAAUGGCAACAUCGACCUCAUGUACUUCCCCUACUAUGGCAAAAAGUUCCACGUAAACUACACACAGCCCCUGGUGGCCGUGAAGUUCCUGAAUGUGACCCCCAAUGUGGAGGUGAAUGUAGAAUGCCGCAUCAAUGCCGCCAACAUCGCCACAGACGAUGAGCGAGACAAGUUUGCUGGCCGCGUGGCAUUCAAACUCCGCAUCAACAAAACCUGAGGCCCCUUUCUCCCACCCCACCUCUCUCCUGUGGAUGCUUCUGGAAUGUCCCUGACCCUGCCUGAUCCCUCCUUCACCCACCCCAAAGGUAUUUUUGAUAACAAAGCUAUGACUUGUCUGAGCCUCACACCCUUUUCCUUGACUUCUCAACCCAGCCUGAAGUCCAUGGCGGUUCUCUGGCCACUUGCAUUUUCCACCAACUUCUCCCAACCUCAGCUCAGUCAGAGGGAGCUGGGCUACCAAGAUGGCCACAGAGGCGUUAGGAGCCUUUCUAGUUCUGGUUUAGCUGUGAGAGCUACCCACUCUCCUGCCUGCAUAUCCCUUGAGAGUUAUAGGAAGUGCCCAUUGACCCACCCACCCACCACCUACACCCGCCUCCCCCACCCUCCCCACCCCCCACACACAAACGUGCACUCGUGCCUCAUUUGCUUCCAGAGAUGAUUGUGGCACUCCGUCCUUCCAUUCCUAAGCACUAGCCACUGUCCCUUGAUCUCUCUCUCUCACUUUCUCCCUAUCUACACAGUCACUAUCUUGGUGACUUUGAACUUAUCUGGCUCCUGGGAAGCUCUUCUCUGCCUCUUCAUCCCUGUUCCCUCCUCUGAAAGGCACCCCUUUGUGACUGAGGACAAGGUGAUUCUGUGGCCUUUUCCCUCUUUCCUGGCAUGUUCUGCUGCUCACCCUCUGGUGAUUCUGUGAGCUGGGAAAUGAAGGAAUGGAAGCGAGGCCUGCUGUGUUGACCCUUCCCAAAAAUCCUCUAGCAGCCCCUGACUGACUUCAGUUUCUUUCUUUCCUUCCUUCCUCUCUUUCCCUUUUUCUCUCUCUCUUUCAACGAGGUUUCACACUUGUUGCCCAGGCUGGAGUACAAUGGCGUUUGGCUUGGCUCACUGCAACCUCUGCCUCCCAGGUUCAAGCAAUUCUCCUGCCUCAGCCUCCUGAGUAGCUGGGAUUACAGGCAUUUGCUACCACGCCUGGCUAAUUAUUUUUGUAUUUUUAGUAGAGACGGGGUUUCACCAUGUUGGCCAGGCUGGUCUUGAACUCCCGACCUCAGGUGAUCUGCCCAUCUUGGCCUCCCAAUGGGUUGAGAUUAUAGGCGUGAGCCACUGCACCCAGCUUCAGUUUCUUCCUAGGCCCUUCUAUCACCCAAAUAGCUGCUACCCAGAGGGGCGGGGUUGACCUAGGCUGAAUAUCCACUUUGUUUUUAUGGAUGGCUCCCUUCCCCCAUUUGCCUUCCCAGAAUAUCCUUCAAGUUCCACUUCCCAGGGAGCUCUGGGGGAGGGGUGGCCAUUUUUGCUCCGUCCCCAGUGGCCACCUUGGAAACAUCAGCUGGCUUUGGGACUAUUCCACCUCCUUCCCCCGAGCCCAGAUCUGCCCCCACGAUCGUCUCUCUGGUUUCUCUUAGCAAGUUAUCAACGAAUCACUAACUCCUUUCCUUUCCUCCGCAUGCAGGCCUGGAAGUUCCAAAUCUAGCCUCUGAAUGUCUUGGUUCCAUCUCCUUCAGACCCCUCUGCCUUUAAAAAAACAAAAACAAAAACAAAAAAAACCCGUAAUACCCAUAGAAUGUCAAAUGAGGGGCCUUCUGCCUCCUGCUUUGAAUACUCCGUAGCUGUAGAGUAUUUUAACUCUUUGUCCUCCAGAAUCGCUUCACUUCCUCCUGCCCUCUAACCUUCUUUUUCUUUUUUAAUGCGGCAGCAUCCAUACUCCACCCGCUGGUGGACCCUUCCCUUUUUCUCUAGCUGAAUCUGUGUUUCUUCCCUUCGGGUCUCCAUGUUUCCCCGCCCCUGCCCCCCACCACAGUCUCUCUCUGCAGUUAUUUAAUGCCUGUGUCAGAUCUACUGUAAAAAGAGGAUUAAGUAAAAUGAGAGCAAUUAUAUAUAUAAAUAUAUAUCAUACACAGA